AUGCAGACGGCGACCGCGACCGUCGCCGGCCGGCGGCGGGUGUCGUUCACGUUGCCCGAGCCCGCCGCGACGACGUUCAUCCCGAGAGACGUCGAGUCCGAGGGACGUCGGUCGACGUGGCCGCCGACGAGGACCGAGCGCUAUCCGGAGGGCCUGCGCAAGGCCCCGGCACCGACGCGCAGCGAGAGCGAGCCGGGUCCCACGAAGACGUGCCUGCUCGACCUCGCCUUCGCCGACGAGAGCCGCGCCGUCGACGCGGACGCGUACGAAGAGCUGCGGCUCGGCGACGACUUCUUCGAUUACACGGCGUGGCUUUUUUUCGCCUGCGCGAUCACGCUGCGGUGCAUCUUCCACGAGCACGUCGUGUCGCUGGCGCUAUGCUGGUGGAUCCUGCCCGCGGUGAUUCCGUGGUGGCUCAUGCUGCCGUACCACGUGGACCCGCGCGGGUCGCACACGGCCGCUUUAUACCGGGGGUUCCUGAUCGCGGAGGACAUGUACCGCGUGUGGACGGUCCCGCGGCUCGUCCGCGUCGUCGUCUUCCUCGCGGCGACGGUCGCGGGCCAGCGCUUCUGCGCCUUCGUCUCGAAGCGCCUCGCGAUCUCGAUCCUGCGCGACCGCAACGCGCACAAGCGCGGCGCCAUGCCCCUGAAGUGGCACGUCUAG